AGCCAAUCCAGCAGCCAUGUUGAGCACGAAGAGAUGCAUCGAGAACCGCAUCAUGAAGAGGAGAGAGCAAGAAGCGCGAGAGCAAGAGCUGAAGCGACGCUUGAUGGAAAACAACAUCUACGCAGGAUAUGGCAAAAGCGACCUAAACGUGGAGAAGAAGAGACGGGCCCUGUCAGAGGGUGCGGAACGCCGAGAACUGCUCAUGGACUACAGUUACGUGAAAUCCGAACAGGAUAAGACCAGGCGAGAGCAAAUUACAAUGUUGGAAGAGCAGCUUGCCGACGAGUUGGCCAAAAGAAAAGCAGAGAAGUUGCGGUACGAGAUGGACAAACGACGCAUCUGCGAUGGAUCUGACGAACUGAGGGCGCUGAAGGAACGGCUACACAUGGCUAAAGUCAACAAGGAGCGUGCCCAACAACUGCUCGAGAUAGAGGUGCAAAAAGAAAAGAAACGCCUGGCCGAACAUUCAAUGGCAGAGCACAUGGAGAAUGAAAGGCUAGAGCAACAGGAGUUGGAGCACAAACUUGACAUUGAAAAGCGAAAGCAACGGGAGCGGGUGAAAGUUAUCAACCAGCAGCAAAUUGCCAUGAAGGAGGCGCAGUGUGAACAGGCCUUGAAAGAAUACGAAAAGGACCGAAAGCAAGUAGAAUCCCUUGUGGCAAAGAUUGCUGAAGAAGAUGAAAAGGAAGCAAAGGCUCGAGCAGAGAAACAAAUGGAGUCCCGUGUAAUGCUGCAAAAGUUCAUGCUGGAGCAGAAGGCGAAUCAAGAGAAGAUCGAGGCAGAGGAAAAAGCUGAGAAUGAUCGCAUUGAGCAGUACGCCCGUGACAAGCGCGAACGCGAGGAGAGGCUAGAAAAGGAACGGCAAGAACAAGAAAAGGAGAAGACCCGCAUUCUCAACGCAAUGUUGGGCAAGAUGGAGGCCAAAAACAAAGAAGCGGAGGAGUUGGAGCUCCUCAGGAACGAGCUCCACUUUGAAGAACUGGAAGCUCAGGCUCGAAGACUCGAUGAGAUGCGGAUGCGAAAGAAACUGGAAGAUCGAGAGGAGAUGAAGAAUGCUUAUCUCCUCCAAAUGCGCGCUAAAGAAGAGAAAAUGCUUCGUGCACGUGAAGAUGAGGCUAAAAUGCGGGAAGAAUUGAUGAAGAAGUUUGCUGAAGACGACCGCCUGGAGCAGCUUAAUGAGCACAAGCGAAGACUGAAGGUCGAGCAGCACAAACGGGAGGCUGAUCGCCUCAUGGAACUGCGACGCGAAAUGUACGAACUUGCCAGGGCCAAGGAGCGUGACGAUGAAGCGGCACUUCGCAAGGACGAGGACAAGAGGAGGAUCAUCAUUGAAGAAGAGAGGCGAAGGCUGCUUCGGGAACACGGGCGUGAGCUCAAGAAAUUCCUGCCGAAGCACACGCUCGAAUCCGUGGAGGACUACCAUUUGCUCUUCUCUGAAGCGGAUUAGAAAUCAGGCAGCUUGACAUCAGAAGGUUCGCAGCUGUGAGAGCCUGUGAGAGCAAGACAAAAUGGUGUCAGUUUCCCAGAGCAGGAGGCUGUGUACUGCCGUAGUGAUUAGGAGGUGAUGCAGACCCUGCAUGCAUUGCAAAGUGCUUGAUGCAUGUGGCGCAAAAAUGGUGCCAAACAGGUCAAGUCUCACACAGACCAAAGGCAUGUUUCCUGCGCUCAGCGCGGAGGCAGAAGUGCCAAGUAGAAUUUGGGCACACCGCAUGAAAUCCCCCACGGGCAAAGUAACGAAAGCAUCACCCCUUUCCCAGAACCUCACGGACUUGUCACUGCGGAUGUGUCAAACGUUAAGUUGCUGAAAUGACGUGCAUGCAGAAGAAAGCUGAAA